AUGACGGUGACAAAGCUUAGUACUCUUCGUAUCGCAUCAGCCUCGGGAUCGGUGACAGACCGACGCCAUGGAUUCGCGGAACUGGCCCGAGAAGAAGAUCUUCACUUCAUCGUGGGAGACUGGAUGUCCGAGUAUAACAUGACAACCCGGGGAGGAGCAAAAGUGAAACAAAAUGAGGAAUCGUCGGAAUUCGAAACUUCGUUCAUGGAAUCGAUCGAACCCGCAUUAGAUAGUAUCUCCGCGCGAAAGGUCAAAGUUGCUGUGAAUGCGGGAGCCAGUGACACGAAAAAGCUCCAUGAUAUUCUUGUUCAGACUAUACACGACAAAGGUCUCGACCUCAAGGUUGCUUGGGUUGAAGGUGACGAGGUUUCCGAUCUUCUUCAGCAGGCCAUCAAAGCGGGCGAAGAAUUUACCAACCUCACAACUGGGCAAAAACUGUCUGACUGGGAGUUCGAUCCAAUCUACGCCCAAUGUUAUCUUGGGGCAUGGGGCAUCGUUGAGGCCUUAAACCAGGGAGCCGACAUUGUCCUUUGUGGAAGAGUGACAGAUGCUUCUCCUACGAUUGCCUGCGCGGCUUACCACUACCAGUGGAGCAGACAAGAUUUCGAUCAGCUCGCUCAUGCUUUUGUGGCUGGACAUUUCCUCGAAUGCUCUACAUAUGUCACCGGUGGUAACUUUUCCGGCUUCAAAUCCCUGCCUGGUGUUGGGGUUGACAUUGGCUUCCCGGUCGCUGAGAUAAAUCCGGGAGGUGAUUUUGUUGUAACGAUACAGAAAGGCAAAGACGGCAUGGUUACCGAAGAUACUUGCAAGGCUCAACUCCUAUACGAAAUUCAAGGGCCCCUCUACUACAAUCCUGAUGUCGUGGCUAUAUUGGAUGAUAUAGUCAUCAAGGAAGAGGGCACCAAUCGUGUUCAUGUCUCAAAUGUCAAGAGUAUCAAACCGCCCCCGACAACAAAAGUUGGCAUUACUGCACUCGGUGGUUUCCAAGCCGAGGUCCACUACUUCCUUUGCGGCUUAGACAUUGAAGAGAAGGCCGCACUGCUUGAAAGGCAGGUCCGUCAUCUCCUUGACGAAUCGCUCUACCAUACUCUGGUCUUCCGAACGAGCGGAUCCUGCGCAUCUGAUCCUUCCAGUCAAGAUGCAGCGACGGUGGACGUGCGAAUCUUUGCUCAAUCACGUUCCGAAAGUGCUCUCGCCACAGAGAAGUUCUUCCGACCUUGCACAGACACAAUUAUGCAGAGCUACCCAGGAGCAACAUUUGCCGUGGAUGCUCGCCAGGGAGUUCCAAAGCCUUACUACGAGUAUUUCGUUUCUAUCUUUCCACAAGAUCGGAUGCGUCAUGUUUGCCAUACUCCAUUCAACAACAAACAAAUAACAAUACCAUCUCCGUCGGAUACUGUUCCAUUUGCUUAUGAGCAAUCGUCAUACGAGACGAAGGCUCCAUUUGAUCUAGAUGUGUUUGGUCCUACUACCCGCGCACCACUGGGCUACGUGGUUCACGCUCGAUCUGGUGAUAAAGGAUCCGAUGCAAAUGUAGGCUUCUUUGUUCGCCAUGCUGAUGAAUGGGAUUGGCUGCGGACUGUUCUUACAGUCGACAAAAUCCGAGGAUUGCUCGGUAAAGAUGACGUGGGAAACAAAAUCUUCCGCUUCGAAUUGCGAAAUAUCUGGGCUGUUCAUUUCCUUUUGAAGGAUCACUUGGAUCGCGGCGUGGCAUCGAGUUCCACGUACGACGUGCUAGGCAAGAAUGUAGCGGAAUACCUUCGGUGUAAAUAUGUCGACAUUCCUGACAAGUUCCUAGCCCGCGGAAGGAUUUGA